CAUCAACUUCCCCAACCCAAAUUCCAAAGUUAACCCAUUCCUUCAUUUCCUUCAUUUCCAAUUCCCUUCUUCCUUUCUCUCUCUCUCAUGGUUGGUUUUCCUGUGCAAUCUUAACCCUACGUCUAAUUGUUCGGUGUUAAGGAUUAAAAGUAAAAAGGUUGGGGGCUGAGAUAUCUAUCUAUCUAUCUGGAACUUAAAGUAAAGCACCCACCUCGUUCCAGCGCUAGAUGUUUGAAGAAGAAGCAUGGAGGUAGGGGGUGUAGGGAGCAAUAAUAUUGUGAAAACCCCAGAAGCUGAAACCGAGACUCCCACUCGCCUUCUCCACCAUCCCAAGCCCUUAUCUUUUAGCAGCAACGGUGUUCUGAAGCGUCAUAAUCCCCUUCACCACCACCACCACCACCACGCCGCCACCUACAAAGAAUGCCUCAAGAACCACGCCGCUAGUCUGGGUGGCCACGCCGUGGACGGCUGCGGCGAGUUCAUGCCCUCCCCAACCGCCUCCUCCAACCCCACCUUGCUUAAAUGCGCCGCCUGUGGAUGCCACCGCAAUUUCCACCGCCGUGAGCCGGAGGAGACGAAACCCACACCCACUCUCGAGUACCAAUCCCUCCACCGCCACCACCCUCCGCCGCCGAAUCACGGCAGCCCCAAUUCCCUGUCUCCGCCGCCUAUUUCCUCCUCCGCCCCCCACAUGCUCCUCGCUCUCAGCACCGCCUUUUCUGGCCCCCCCACAGACAGCAACACCCCAAUCUCCGCUAGCGGGAGAAAGCGAUUCAGAACAAAAUUCACCCAAGAUCAGAAACAUAAAAUGCUGGAAUUCGCCGAUAAAGUUGGGUGGAAGAUUCAGAAGCGAGACGAAGAGCUUAUCAACCAGUUCUGCUCCCAAGUAGGCGUGGAAAGAGGGGUUCUAAAGGUAUGGAUGCAUAACAACAAGAACACCCAUACCCUCUGCAAAACAGAUCAAUCUCAAUCUCAAUCCCAAUCCAACGCCACAAACCACAUUGAUAACGUUAAUGGUUCGGAUUUUCACAUCGCCAGUAGAAACCCAGAAUCCCAAUUCAACCUCCAUCAAGAAAGCAACGGCAAUGACAACCACAACCACCAGCCUCUCCGUAACAGCGAAGAUACCAUCGCCAUUAAUGGGUCAUCUUCUUCUUCGUAAUCUAAGCUCCUGUCAACCCGAGAAUGGUAAAAUUGAAUAAAACGUGUUAGCUAGAAUAGUCCCAGAUAAAAAAAGAGAAAACACAAGACACCCAGGCUGGUAUUGUUCUUGAUUAGCUACAGAUUAUUAUUAUUAGUAGCAGUAGUGUUUCUUUGUUCUGCUGUAUUAGUGCUCAAAUUUGCUAAGGAUAACAGUAUAAUGGAGAAUUUUCUUGGUUCUGAUGCG